CAUGAUUUCAAAUUGGCAUCGUCAUCGGCCCGAAGCACGUACCAGUGCGUGCACCGCUGUUGGCUGCUUCUAAAUUCCGUGUAGUGGUCGGCUGCGGCGGGUGUGAUGGCUAAAUUCUACAGUAUGGCUGUUCGUAGGUGAGCUUACUGAGCCGAACGAAAUAUUCAGAAGAUGGCUGCUCCACCACCGCCUCCAGCUCCACCUGCACCGGGUGGAGCGUCACCUCCAAAAUUCCCACCACCUCCGGGAAUGCCUGGAAUACCUUCACCACCUGGAGCGGUACCACCCCUUGGUGCACCACCAUUAGGAGUCCCUAUCAUGCCCCCUCCUGCAGGAGGCGUUGCUUUGCCUGGUCUAGCUGGAUCGCCCAGAGGCCCUCUAGGAGUAUCUCCACCUAGAGGUCUGGCACCUCCAGUACCCCCUGCUAAUGGUGCUCCUCCACAGCAGCCGCCGCCACCAGCACCUGGCGCUGCACCGCCGCCUCCGGCACCUGGUGCUGCAUCACCCCCACCAGCACCUGGCGCUGCACCGCCGCCUCCGGCACCUGGUGCUGCAUCACCCCCACCAGCACCUGGCGCUGCACCGCCGCCUCCGGCACCUGGUGCUGCAUCACCCCCACCAGCACCUGGCGCUGCACCGCCGCCUCCGGCACCUGGUGCUGCAUCACCCCCACCAGCACCUGGCGCUGCACCGCCGCCUCCGGCACCUGGUGCUGCAUCACCCCCACCAGUACCUGGCGCUGCACCGCCGCCUCCGGCACCUGGCGCUGCACCGCCGCCUCCGGCACCUGGUGCUGCAUCACCCCCACCAGCUCCGGGAGCUGCCCCGCCGCCUCCAGCUCCGGAAGCUGCACUGCCACCUCCAGGACCGGAAGCUGCACCGCCACCUCCACCACCGGAAGCAGCACCGCCACCUGCGCCAGGUGCUCCACCGGCACCUCCACCCGAAGCUCCCCCAGCACCUCCACCCGAAGUUCCUCAGCCACCACCACCGGACGUCCCGCUGUCCCCUCCGCCGCCGGCUGCUCCUGAAGAGCCACCACCUGUACCACCCCCGGCGGCUGCACCAGCACAGCCACCUCCCGCUCCCGCGGUCCCACCACUCGCUUCGUCAGGCCCUCCACCAGCCGCCCCACCUCCAUCUGCGGCGCCUCCCCCACCAGCUUCAGGUCCGGUGCCUUCUAGCCAACCUCCUAGUCAGUCGACCACUCGCACACAGCAAAAAACAAAAGCGUCUGAACUGGACGAGAGAAUAGCGCACAUUCUUGAUCGCAUUCAAUUUAAGGAUGAUGAUGCCAACAAGAAGGAAUAUCUAGCCGCCGUAAAAGUGUAUCAGGAGAACAUUGGCGGCAAAGUGCUCAACGCGAAGAUGUAUCUACAAACGAAGCCUCAGUGUGAUGAAGACGAGGACGACGAGGAUGGAGGUCGAAGGGGCAGGACUAGGCACCGAAGGCGAAGUAGAGGCCGCGACAGGUAUGACUACAGGGACGAACGUGACUUUGACUCCGACGUCAGAGGCGAACCGUACAAGGAAUUUGACCCAGAUGUUGCUCCACCACGGAGGCGUUCAGGAGGGGUGCUGUUCUACGAUGAGCGUAGCUCUGAGGAGAGGAUACGUUAUUCCGUAGCGGACGAUCACUACAGAAACGAGCGAGACAGACUGCAAGAUUCGAGAGAACAUAGCGAAUCUUACUACGGCGAGCGUGAGAGGAUGCGCAACAGACCCUACAGUCCGCCUGCUACCAGACGUCCUGAAGGAAGCUUUCAAGAGACGUCCGAUCGACGGUCCCCAUACAAUCAAGGUCGCAACAGACGUCCCACGUCCCCUCCAGGAACGGGUGUGUUGCGUAAUGUGUCAGCGGGAACCGUACAUGACGGAGGAAACGUCGGAUAUGGUCAGAUGAAAGCAGGUGCUUGCGUUAUGGCACCAAUGGUAGCGGUACCGUCAAUUACGUCUCUUGUGUUGGCCGUUCCGCAGAAUGCACAGCAAACAAAGAUAAUGCCUGGUCAAUUGUCGUCGACGGCGCUUCGCUUUGGAACGAUCAUUCAACAGAUGCCCCAACUGGCACCACAGCUGCAGUCACCAAUUGGUACGCAAAUGAUUCCUCAGCAGCUCGUAUCGCCAAUGGCGCCGCAGCAAAUGACGCAACGAAUGCAGCCGCAAUUUCUGCCUCAAAUGAUGCCUAACAUGGCUCAGCAAAUGACCCCAUAUGUGGCGCCACGUAUGAACGCACAGAUGAAUCCUAUGAUGCUUCAACAGAUGGGGCAGCAGGUGCCUCAACAGUUCAUGCCGCAGGUAGCAGGACCGCAAAUGUACGGAGGACAAAUGCCAAACUUAACGAUGAACGCGCAGUACCAUCAGCGCCCGUACAUGUAAAUGUCUUUUCCUCUGUCCUGGAAUCAGUACAGAAUAAAGUGAAAGAUAACAUGAGAAAGAUGCCGCUCCCGA